AUGGCACCUCGCCAGGUGAUCCCGAUCGACAAGAAUUGGGAAUUCAAACAGGCCGAUAAAGAGGAUGCCAAGUAUCUUCCUGUCGGCCAGUUCCCGACCAAUGUCCAUCUUGAUCUGCUGCACCACAAGCUGAUCCCCGAUCCAUUCAUUGGCAAAAACGAGAACCAAGUCCAAUGGGUCGGAGAGGCGCAAUGGGUCUACAGGACUACCUUCUCCAGCCCCGAGGUCAGCGGUGGCGCGAAGGCGGUCUUGGCCUUUGACGGCCUGGACACGUUUGCCACUGUGGUCCUCAAUGGGGAGAAGAUCCUCGAGACGGACAAUAUGUUCAUCCCUGAGAGAGUUGAUGUUACCAAGAUACUCAAAGCUCAGGGAGAGAACGAGCUGGUAAUCAAUUUCGACAGCGCCUACCUAAGGGGCUGUAAGCUGGUGGAGAAGUAUCCAGACCAUAAAUGGGGUUGCUGGAACGGCGAUGUCUCGCGGUUGGCGGUUAGAAAGUCACAAUUCCACUGGGGUUGGGAUUGGGGACCUACUCUACUCACUUGCGGGCCUUGGAGGCCAGUCAACCUGGAGGUUUACGAAUCACGCAUCGUUGACCUCUAUGCCAAUAUCAAUGUCAAGGACUCGCUCAAAUCGGCCAGCGUCACUGUCCAUGCGCCAGUAGAAGGGCCCGCGAAGAGAGUUCGGUUUGACAUCUCCCUUCGAGACAAGCAUGUUACGUCCGAGGUCGUGGAGAUUCUGGGCGAUGGCCCCGUCAAUGCUACAUUUGAAGUCCAAAACCCUGAGCUGUGGUACCCAGUUCGCUAUGGAGCACAGCCUCUCUAUGAGUUCAAGGCCACUCUUCUCGAUGGCGAGAGCGAGGUAGACACGGUCACCAAGAGAAUCGGUCUGCGAAAGGUCGUCCUCGUUCAGAAACCCCUCCAAGACCAAGAGGGGACGAGUUUCUUCUUUGAAAUCAACAACAUCCCCGUCUUCUGCGGUGGCAGCAACUGGAUCCCGGGAGAUAACUUCAUUCCCCGGAUCUCAAAACAGAAAUACCGUGAUUGGGUCAAGCUUGUAGCUGACGGAAACCAGUUCAUGAUGCGCGUCUGGGGCGGAGGAAUAUAUGAGGAGCAAGCCUUGUAUGAUGCCUGUGACGAGAUGGGUAUCCUUGUCUGGCAGGACUUCAUGUUCGGGUGCGGGAACUACCCUGCAUGGCCCGAGAUACGCCAGUCCAUCAAGAGAGAGGCAGAGGAGAACGUUCGCUUGCUGAGGCAUCACCCUUCGAUCGUCAUAUGGGCGGGUAACAAUGAGGACUACCAGUACCAGGAGAGCGAGAAGCUCACGUACGAUCCUGACAAUCAUGAUCCCGAUAGCUGGCUUGAAACGGAUUUCCCAGCUCGUUAUAUCUAUGAGAAGAUCCUUGCCGACGUAUGUCAGGAACUCAUUCCAGAUACGUACUACCAUUUCGGCAGCCCCUGGGGCGGCAAGUCUUCAGGCGAUCCCAAGGUUGGCGACAUCCACCAGUGGAACGUCUGGCACGGAUCACAGGAAAAGUACCAGGAUUUCGAUAAGCUGGUCGGCCGUUUCGUCUCCGAGUUCGGCAUGGAGGCCUUCCCGUCCGUCAAAACCAUCGACGGAUACCUCCCCCUGGGCAAAGACGAUCCGGACCGAUACCCGCAAUCUUCCACCGUGGACUUCCACAAUAAAGCUGCUGGCCAUGAACGCCGGAUCGCGCUCUACCUCGUUGAAAACUUCCGCUACGCCCCGGAUCCGCUGGAGCACUUCGUCUACUGCACUCAGCUGAUGCAGGCCGAGUGCCUGGCGUCUGCCUACCGGCUGUGGAAGCGGCAGUGGAAGGGUCCCGGGCGCGAGUAUUGCAGCGGAGCUCUCGUGUGGCAGAUCAACGACUGCUGGCCCGUCACUUCCUGGUCAAUCUGCGACUACCAUCUCCGCCCAAAGCAUGCCUAUUACACUGUGAAGAGGGAGAUGGCCCCGAUAUCCAUUGGGAUGACGCGGCGCGAGUUCCAGCACCCCAAGGACAAGUACACGCGCGUGGACAUCGAUACGGAGAUCCGGGUCGAGGUCUGGGGGUCCAAUCUAAAGCUGGAGGAUCUGAAAGUGGACUGCGUCAUCAAGGCCUGGGACGUCGAGACCGGGGAGGAGACUUACUCCCAGACGGUGGCGGCGGGCAUCACGCUUCCAGCCAACAGGUCCACUGAGAUCUUUUCAAUGGACGUGCCAGUGGCGACCAAAAACAAAGGUCUCGAGUCUCGGACCGUCGUGGCGGCAUAUCUCUAUCAAGAUGGGCAGCAGAUUGCUCGGUAUGUCAACUGGCCGGAACCGCUCAAAUAUGUUCAUCUACAGAAGCCUAAGUCUCUUCACGUGGAAGUGGCCGCGGAUGGGAAGACGGUGUCUGUUGGCGCAGAGGUUCCAGUCAAGGGGGUUUCGCUGGAGUCAGAAGACGAUGAUGUAAAAUUUCACGACAAUCUGAUUGAUAUUGUACCGGGGGAGAUUGUCACUGUUGGUUUCACGGGAGGCACUAAGAGCACAGUCAUCACGACUCAAUAUUUAGGCAUGCUCAAUUGA